UCAAAGUUGGCGGGAAAGCGGAGGCGUUGCGGAAUGGCUGCGGCUGGGAGCUCGUUCUCCGGCGGCGGCUCGGCGGCAGUGCGGCUGCCACGGUCGCCGCCCGUCAAAGUGCUGGCCGAGCAGCUGCGGCGCGACGCGGCGGGCGGCCCGGGCGCGUGGCGGCUGUCGCGGGCGGCCGCGGGCCGCGGGCCGCUGGAGCUGGCAGCCGUGUGGAUGCAGGGCACGGUGAUGUCGGCGAGCGGCGGCGAGGCGCAGCUGCGGGACCCGAGUGGCUCCUUCUGGGUGCGCGGCCUGGAGCGGGUGCCGCGCGGGCGGCCCUGCCUCGUCCCAGGGAAGUAUGUGAUGGUGAUGGGAGUGGUUCAGGCCUGCAGCCCUGAGCCGUGCCUCCAGGCUGUGAAGAUGACAGAUCUCUCGGAUAACGCCCUCCAUGAAAGCAUGUGGGAACUAGAAGUGGAAGAUUUGCAUAGGAGCAUUCCUUAGACGGCGCUGCAGCGGUCGCUGACAUCCAGCUCGGGGGCCGGCGUUGGGGCGGCGCAGGGAAAGCCACCGCCUGCAGCGCCGGCCUUCCAUACGGAUGCUGGCUCUCCGCUCGGCUCCAGCUCCUGUUCGUGACUUGGAAAAGGCAGCGGAAGAUGGCCCACGUGUUUGGGCCCCUGCCACUCACAUGGGAGACCUAGAAGGAGCUCCUGGCUUCAGCCUGGUCCAGCCUUAGCCAUUACAGCCAUCUGGGGGGUGUACCAGCAGAUGGAUAGCCCUGAGUUUCAAAUAUAUAAAUCAGUCUUUUAGAAAAACACCUGUCUGAAGUGCUCUGGGUGCGGACUCCCUCCAGGAAGUGGCGCUCGGGUGUUUCUUGGAGACUGCACGCUGUGACCGAAUCCCCACGCAGGAUUCACCGUGACUGCAGCUCCACUGCCGCCUCUCUCCUGGACUGUGCCUGCUGAUGAAGAGCAGAUGCUGGCUUUUUUGCUUUGGGGUUUCAGUUUGUGUUCAUCUCUCUCUCUCUCUCUCUCUCUAAGACACAGAAACCUAAUGUUGCAUUUUCCAAGUUGCAGUAGCAGUGAUACUUUCUCCAUGCCUAAGGCCCCGCUGUUUUACAAUGCCGGGCUGGGAUCUCAGUUGUCACCCUUGAUGAUUGACGCGUGGUCACAGGAAGGAACAGACUCCGUGAAGGCACGAGAGACAGUGUGGCUCUUUGUCCACUCCCUCAGCAGCUUCUGCAUCCAUCCGGUUCCUGAGUCCAGUGGCGUUCCCAGCAGCAGGCCCGAGAGCCCCCGGAAGCUGCAGCUGUCUCUCUGCCCCGGACGUCACCAGACAUUCAAGAUCAGCGAUGCCUUCUUCCGUCCCUCGGAGCUGUUGAGCCGUUUUUGAAAUUUAGGGAAAAGAUCAAGACUGAGAAUGCCUUUUGGUCCAAGCCAGACUUGCACCUUGUAAUUCUUGGAGAGACCCCGGAAGGGAGCAGCAGCGGACGUUGGGGUUCUGCCCUCUGCCCGUGACCCGUGCCUGGCUUUUCUUUAGAUUGUAAAUAUCGAGGGACUCAGAUUAUGUUCCAAUGCUGCUGUAGAGCUUGAACUGAUUUUUAAUAUUCCGCCACUAAUAAAAUUUUUAUAUGCUG